AUGAAACAAAUUGAUACGUCAGUAUCAACUACAGAUCAUUUUAAUCGAUUUACAAUUGCAUGUAAUAUAUUGAUUUCGAUUGUUGGUGGUCUAAUUGUUAAUCGUUCAAUACCAAUAUUAAAAGAUAAAUUUAUUCGUGCUCAAUUAUGGGGAUAUGAUUUGAAUAAAAGAAAUUCAAGAGAAAUAAAAAUUGCAGAAUCUCAAAGUGUUAUAGCAGCUGAUAUUUUUCUUAUUUUAAUGUUUAUUAUGAUUGCUAUUGUAUUUUCAGAACAUUUACAUCCACAAAGUGAUUUUCCACAUAAUAAAUUUAUUGAAUAUUUAGCUGCUUUACUUUCAAUAUGUUGUAUGGUUUUACUUGGUUUUGCAGACGAUGUACUUGAUUUACGUUGGAUUGUGAAAUUAUUAUUACCGUUAAUUGCAUCUUUACCACUUCUAUUAGUUUAUUUUGCUAAUUAUCAUUCAAUAACUAUUAUUCUACCAAAACCAGUAAGAUCAAUCUUAGAUCAUCAAUGGAAUCUUGGCAUUCUAUAG